AUGGCGAGCGAGUGCCGGGCUACGGAGCCUCUACUGAGGAGUUUGAAGGAAGAGAAAGGCGGCCUGUCCGAGGGUACCAGGAGCAGAGCGGAGGAGAUACUGAGUCAGGGGCCCGGGGCCCUGGUGCCAUUUAGUGUUCUGAGAGAGCUACACGCUGUACUACGGGAGAAAGGCUCAGCUGUCUACUUACAUGAGCUGCUGGAGGGUAGUGAAAUCUAUCUGCCUGUAGUGGAACUGCCAGAGCGGAACCCAGAACUUGUGGCACGUCUUGAGAAGAUUAAAGCUAAGUUGGCAAAUGAGGAGUACAAGAGAAUCACAAAGAAUGUCACCAGCCAGGCCGGUCGUCAGGGAACUCUGGCUGAUCUAGGCAAAGAUAUACGACCUCUGAAAAAAAUUAUUGUUACAGUCUUCAACUUCUUUGUCACAGUGGCAACAGCAUUUGCUUGCACUUAUAUCGGCAGUCAGUAUGUUUUUGCUGAGUCAGCUGCGCGGAUACUUUCCUCUGUGAUCGUGGCUUCAGUAGUGGGACUGGCAGAGCUGUAUGUGUUGGUUCGGACCAUGGAAGGGGAGCUUGGAGAGUUAUAGCAUGUGUACCUGGCACUCCUGGAGAGAAUGCACCAUCUGUUGCUGAGCUGGACUCUGCCUGCUGA